UUACCCGGCUAGGCAGUGUCAAACCGCGGGUGCCGCGCUCUCUCCUCUCGUGAAUAGAGUGCAAGAGAACCGCGAAAAGUACAACAACGCCCUGAGGAGUCGGACAGUACGAGUCAAUCUCCGAGUUUUUUAUUUUCAUUUCCAUCGGUUGUUGUUGUUGCUGUUGUGUGAGGGGCGUUCGGGGAAUGGGGGCUUCCGGAGGGUUGUGUAGAAGAUAUUUUACGAGUGAAUCACGUGAACACGGGUGGGAUUUAAAGUUUAAAAUCCUGGAAUAAAUUGUUCUUUUUCGGAAAAACCCGGACUGGAGGUCGAGAAGGGGGCAGAAGGAAGGAAGAAGGAGGCUUUUUACCCAAACAGAGGGGGUGGAAUCUAGCAAAGGAAAAUGGAAAAAAGUAAACGAGAUAGGGUGGAUGAUCUGACGGCAGCGGAAAAACUAUUGAGUUGGUGAAUGACAAAAGACUGAAACAGGAAAAAAAGAAUAGAGGAAGGAGACGAAAAAAAAAACGAUAAAAUGCGGAUUUUAGUCGUUUCACUGCUCCUGAACGUUGCCAUGCAGACCAGAUACACCUCUACGUACGUUGAGGCUGAGAUGAUUCAUCAGUCGCGCGGGGGUGUUAACAAUGCUGUGGAUAAUGGAGAUGCAUCAACAGUGAAAGUUCCAGCAAUGAAUUUUGGUACUGAAAAUUCCACAACUAUUUUCGCACAGUCCGGCUCGACUGCUCUACUGCCGUGCGUCGUACACAGCAUCGGAGAGGGAACUGUCACUUGGAUCAGGCGUAAGAGUAUACAACAUCAAUUACUAACCGUCGGACUGACUACCUACGCUAGCGACGGUCGUUUCCAGGCUAUCCACUUUCAUCAUAGUGAGGAUUGGACCCUUCAAAUAAAGUACGUUCAACCGAGGGACGCUGGUAUGUACGAGUGCCAAGUUUCUACACAUCCACCCACAAGUAUAUUUCUGUUUCUCGAGGUCGUUGAGGCACGAGCGGAAAUUGUCGGGCCAGCCGAGAAAUUUGUCCGUCCAGGAAGUACUCUACAGCUCCACUGUCUGGUUAAAAACUCAACCGAGACGCCGUCUUAUCUAUUUUGGUAUCACAACUCACGAAUGAUAAAUUACGAUUCCGAUCAAGGGGUUAAUGUCAGUACGGAUCUUGUUGUGCGUGAGAGUUGGCUGGAGGUGCCCAAAGCGUCGGAUCGUCACUCUGGUAAUUAUACGUGUGAAGCCAGCAAUGCUGUGCCAGCACGUGUAUUCGUGCACAUAUUGAACGGUGACAAUCCAGCAGCAAUGCAGCACAGUUUAGCAUCGAAUAAAAAUUCAACACUACUCAUAACUAUUAUUUGGCUCACUAUUUUCAUCAUACCGAGUGCAUUUUUUUAAUGGAAAAACAAAGCAAUGAUGGAUCAUUGGAGUUACAAGGUUUAUUCAAAUGUGUGUAAAUAUUGGUACAAUCGAUGGGUAACUGUACAUAAUCCCAUGCAUGUGUAUGCUAUGAAUAAAUGAUAAUCUACUUCAUA